AUGUCUCUUUGUGGCGCAAGAGCCAACGCAAAAAUGAUGGCGGCUUACAAUGGCGGUACAUCUGCGGCAGCAGCAGGGCACCACCACCACCAUCACCACCACCUUCCACACCUCCCUCCUCCUCACCUUCACCACCACCACCACCCUCAGCACCAUCUUCAUCCCGGGUCGGCUGCUGCGGUCCACCCCGUGCAGCAGCAUACUUCCUCGGCAGCUGCGGCAGCGGCCGCCGCGGCCGCAGCUGCAGCCAUGUUAAACCCUGGGCAACAGCAGCCUUACUUCCCAUCACCGGCACCGGGUCAGGCUCCAGGACCAGCUGCAGCAGCCCCAGCUCAGGUACAGGCUGCCGCAGCUGCCACAGUUAAGGCGCACCAUCAUCAGCACUCGCAUCAUCCACAACAGCAGCUGGAUAUUGAGCCGGAUAGACCUAUUGGAUAUGGAGCCUUUGGUGUCGUCUGGUCAGUAACAGAUCCAAGAGAUGGAAAGAGAGUAGCACUCAAAAAGAUGCCCAACGUCUUCCAGAAUCUGGUCUCUUGCAAAAGGGUCUUCCGGGAAUUGAAGAUGUUGUGUUUUUUUAAACAUGAUAAUGUACUCUCUGCCCUUGACAUACUCCAGCCUCCACACAUUGACUAUUUUGAAGAAAUAUAUGUUGUCACAGAACUGAUGCAGAGUGACCUGCAUAAAAUUAUCGUCUCUCCUCAACCACUCAGCUCAGAUCAUGUCAAAGUUUUUCUUUAUCAGAUUUUGCGAGGUUUGAAAUAUCUCCAUUCAGCUGGCAUUUUACAUCGAGACAUUAAGCCAGGGAAUCUCCUUGUGAACAGCAACUGUGUUCUAAAGAUUUGUGAUUUUGGAUUGGCCAGAGUGGAAGAAUUAGAUGAAUCGCGUCAUAUGACUCAGGAAGUUGUUACUCAGUAUUAUCGGGCUCCAGAAAUCCUGAUGGGCAGCCGCCAUUACAGCAAUGCUAUUGACAUCUGGUCUGUCGGAUGUAUCUUUGCAGAACUACUAGGACGAAGAAUACUGUUUCAGGCACAGAGUCCCAUUCAGCAGUUGGAUUUGAUCACAGAUCUCUUGGGCACACCAUCACUGGAAGCAAUGAGGACGGCUUGUGAAGGCGCUAAGGCACACAUACUCAGGGGUCCUCAUAAACAGCCAUCUCUUCCUGUACUUUAUACCCUGUCUAGCCAGGCUACACAUGAAGCUGUUCAUCUCCUUUGUAGGAUGUUGGUCUUUGAUCCAUCCAAAAGAAUAUCCGCUAAGGAUGCCUUAGCCCACCCCUACCUAGAUGAAGGGCGACUACGAUAUCACACGUGUAUGUGUAAAUGUUGCUUUUCCACCUCUACUGGAAGAGUUUAUACCAGUGACUUUGAGCCCGUCACCAACCCCAAAUUCGAUGACACUUUUGAGAAGAACCUCAGUUCUGUUCGACAGGUUAAAGAAAUCAUUCACCAGUUCAUUUUGGAACAGCAGAAAGGAAACCGAGUGCCUCUCUGCAUCAACCCUCAGUCCGCUGCUUUUAAGAGCUUUAUUAGUUCCACUGUUGCUCAGCCGUCUGAGAUGCCCCCAUCUCCUCUGGUGUGGGAGUGACGGUGGAAGAUAAUGUACUACUGAAGAUGUUAUGUAGCUCUCCACUGGAGUCUGGGAUUUGCAAUUCUGGAGGUUAAUCAUGCUUGUACUGUAAUUUUACUAAUGAAGUUUUAAAUUAACAACCACUACUUGUAUGAUAGGAAUAAUAUUUAGAAAUGUUACUAGACUUUUAAUCUUGUAAAGUGGUUGUGCUUUUAGAAAAAAUAUUUUACCCAGAGUUGCACAUGUUUUAUGAAUUUAGUGCAGCUGUUAUGGCUCACCUCAGAACAAAAGAGAAUUGAACCAAAUUUGGGAGUUUGGGGUUUUUGUGUUUGUUUUUUCUUUUUUAAAAAUAUGAAGUGAGAUUGUUCACACACACACGCAAAGGACAGUCAUACAUUUUGAUAUUUGAGCCAUUCCUGAAAAUUUGGGGUUUUCUAAAACAAAAGAAUCUAGAAACCUUGCC